CCACGUCUCAGUGCUGCUGAGCCCUGCACUCUCAGCCCUGCUGGGAGCCCACACCCCCCUCCACGCUGCCACACUCCUCCUGCUGCCCUGGCUCAUGCUGCUCACAGCAAAAGGAAGUGAGUAGGGCUCACGUGUGAGAACGAGGCUGCGAAGAUGAUUGCAACCGGGGCAGCAGAGAGCCUUCCGGCUUUGAGCCAACAGGAAGAACUAGUGGAUUUGCCAAAAGACUACCCCUUGAGUGCCAGUGAAGAUGAAGGGGCCAGUGAUGGAGAGAGGAAGCAUCGAAAGCUUCUGGAAACAAUCAAUUCCCUUGAUGGAAAGACUAGGCGGAAACUGGCUGAGAGAUCAGAGGCCGGUCUGAGUGUGUCCGAGUUCAGUGUCAGUUCUGAAGGAACAAGAGAAAAGCUGGUCCUUUCAGAUCUGCUUCAGCCCAUUAAAACUUCGUCCUCCUUGGCCACUGUGAAAAAGCAACUGAAGAGAGUCAAAUCAAAGAAGACGGUGGAGUUGCCCCUUAACAAAGAAGAGGUUGCACGGAUCCACAGAGAAGUGGCAUUCAAUAAAACCUCCCAAGCUCUCUCCAGAUGGGAUCCUAUAAUUCUAAAGAACCGGAAGGCAGAGCAGCUGGCUUUUCCCCUGAAGAAGGAGCGGGCAGUGUUUGCUCCCAUUGAACAUGUGCUCCGUGGCUGGAAGGCAAGAAGUCCCUUGGAGCAGGAAAUUUUCAAUGUCCUCCACAAGAACGAGCAGCCAGUGACAGACCCUUUACUGACUCCAGUGGAGAAGGCCUCUCUCAAAGCCAUGAGCCUAGAAGAGGCUAAGAUGCGCAGAGCAGAGCUUCAGAGGGCCCGGGCCCUGCAGUCCUACUAUGAGGCCAAGGCUCGGAGAGAGAGGAAAAUCAGAAGCAAAAAGUAUCACAAAGUUAUGAAGAAAGGAAAGGCCAAGAAAGCCGUAAAAGACUUUGCGACACUGAGGAAGGUCAGUCCUACUGCAGCAUUAGAAGAACUAGAAAAAAUGGAAAAGGCCAGAAUGGUGGAGCGAAUGAGCCUAAAGCACCAAAACAGUGGGAAGUGGGCCAAGUCAAAGGCAAUUAUGGCCAAGUAUGACCUAGAGGCUUGCCAGGCCAUGCAGGAACAGUUGGCCAAGAACAAAGAACUGAUGCGGAAACUCCAGGCACCUUCUGAGAGUGAGGAAGAGGAGGGAGGCGUAGAGGAGGACGGACUUUUUGUCCCUGAUGUGGUGAAUGAAGUCCAGAUGAACAUAAAUGGGCCAAACCCCUGGAUACGUACAAGUUGCACCAGUGAUACAAAAGAGGCUGAAAUCCAAAAGGACCCUGAACAACUUCCCGAGCGUCUGGCCUGCGAGAAUUCAGAAAGUGAGGGGGAAGAAAGUCCAGUAGCAGAAGAAACCUUGUUGAAAGAAUUUGAGGAAAGGCGAUCCCUUAGGAAAAGGCCUGAGCUCAACCAGGAUGCCCAACCCCUGGGCCGUGAAGAAACACAAGACUCUAGCAGCCAGGAGGUGCUGUCAGAAUUGAGGGCACUGUCUCGGAAACUCAGCAAGGAAGACCGUCAGUCCAGGAAGCAACAAGUGAAUUCAGUGGGGGCUGUGCUUCCAGUCCAGAGAGAAGAACCAGACCAGGAGGAGGAGCCCUUGUUGCUGCAGAGGCCAGAGAGAGUGCAGACUCUAGAAGAGCUGGGUAAAGAAGACUGGUUUCAAAGUACAGAGCUUCCCAGACCUGCGUCACAGGGGCAGCAGAUGGAGAAGAACCCAAAUGAUCAGCCUGAUGCCCCUAAGAAGAAAAGGAAGGAGCACAUGAUUGAUUUACAGAACCUCCUAACCACAAAAUCUCCCUCUGGGACGUCUUUGGCAGUUCCCACAACAGUUGAGGAGUUGGAAGGUGAAGAAGAGAGAGACCAAAAGCAGAUGAUAAAGGAAGCUUUUGCUGGGGAUGAUGUCAUAAGAGACUUCUUGAAAGAGAAGAGGGAAGCUGUGGAAGCGAGUAAGCCAAAGGACGUGGACCUGACACUGCCUGGCUGGGGUGAGUGGGGUGGGGUGGGCCUACAGCCCAGUGCCAAAAACAGACGUCGGUUUCUCAUGAAAGCUCCUGAGGGUACUCCAAGAAAAGACAAGAAUUUGCCAAACGUGAUUAUCAGUGAGAAGCGCAACAUCCGUGCCACAGCUCAUCAGGUGCACGUGCUUCCAUACCCAUUCACCCACCAUCAGCAAUUUGAAAGGACCAUCCAGACCCCUGUAGGAUCUACGUGGAACACCCAGAGGGCCUUCCAGAAGCUGACUUCUCCCAAGGUUGUCACUAAGCCAGGCCAUAUCAUUAAGCCCAUAGAAGCCGAGGAUGUGGGCUACCGGUCUUCCUCAAGGUCGGACCUCUCUGUGGUACAGAAGAACCCAAAACGACUCUCCAUCCGUCACAAAAGACAGCUGAAGAAAAACUCUGUAGAUUGAGUUGCUGGAGAACGGACAUCUUGAUGCCCUACUUCUUCUUCAUUGGGCUUGGUGUUACUGCCACCUGCAUGAUCAGUUCCGAAACUGGCUUAUCACGUGUGUGCGUAGUUAAACUGCACUUUAGAAAUAAAGGCUCUUUUAAAGGGGGAGUAGGAAAAAAAUCAGGGCAAAGGAAUUGGCUAGGGACAUCCAAGCAUCUGUGAAUGGUGGUGCUCCUCUCUGGACUCUUGAGGAGCUGCUUGUUAAAUAUUUGUAGUUCAGUAUCUUUAGAGUCGAUAGACUUCCAGUGGCAGGUUUAAACACAUGGGUUUAUCUCUGCUUCCUCUUAAAAUCUCACUAAAAUGAUAGCAAAGAAAUAAAAAUGUAUCAGUUUACAAGGAGAAAGAAACUAGGAGGGCAAAAAACAGUAGACCAGAGAGCCAGCCAGCCAAGUUUUAAAAGAUAGAAAGUGGGUGGAGGCCUGUUUACUCUCUUAGCAGAUAAUUAGAAGUGGAAUGUCAGGGUUCCCAGAGGCAGGCCCAACUGCCCCCAGAGCCCUGGAGAGGCUCACAGUUCCAUGGUUCGGGGAUGGUGAGGUGAGGCAAGGGGGUGGGAACUGAUGCAAAGUCUGCGUGAGGAGCAGGUGCGCCCUCCCCACACCUUGCAGCUACCCCUGAGGGGUGGGUUACUCAAAAGAGGAACUGAACCAGAGGUCUGAGUGUCAGGGGCGCUGGGCACGGGAGAGGGUGGGGAUGAGGAGCUGGACCAAAAAUUAAGCAAAACGAGUGUUGGUAACGGCUGCUGGAGGAUCCUCCGGGGAGAUGGCAUGCAUGCCUCUCAAGUCCCCAGAGAAACCCCACCACCUUACAGGCCCUGCCCACGCCCACAGAGUUUCCAGCUGCGUGUUUUUUUUUUUUUUCCCCCCAAAAUGACAUGAUCUGUUACUGAUUUUUAACUUCUGUUUUUUUAACUAUGUUAGGAACUUUGGGUACCCGGCACUCUGGCCUCUACAACCCUCAGCAGCUUCUUCCUCUUUCCUCCUUUGCCUUCUCUCUCAAAUUCCAGAACAUCCUAUUCUCUUGGGGUUUAUUAAAUCAUGAUGAGAUGCAAGAAAAUAUUUGUACAACAAAGAGAACAUCUCCGUCCACCCCCAUGUAAGAAAAAGAACAUUACCGCUUCCUUUGACGUCCCUGGUGACCCCUUCCUUAUAGGGGAAACACCGUCUUGAUCAUUCCCUUGCUUGCUUUAUAGUUUUAUUACAUAAGUUGGUAUGAGUUUGCAUGUUUGUGAAUUUUAUAUAAAUGGACUCAUACCAUGUUUAUUCUUUUGUGACUUGCCUUUUCACUCAUUGUAUUUCUGAGAUUUAUCCACAUAAAGCAUGUCGCUAUGGGGGUCCCCUUUUCCCUGCUGUAUAGUGAUCCAUUGACUAGACUACGGUUUAUUUUUCUAUUUUGUUCCACUGGUCAUUUUAUCUACCCAUGUUAUCAACGACUAAGAUCUGUUGGUCUGUUCUCUUCCAUAAAAAUUUUGGAAUUAACUUGUAUCAGGUCCUGCCCAUGAAAACUCCUUUGGGAUUGUGAAUGGAACCAGACUGAAUCGAUGUAUCAGUUUGGGGAAAAUUGACAUCUACAUGAAAUUGAAUUUUCCAGUUCAUGAACAUGGUAUAUUUCUCCAUUUAAUGUUUUUCAAUAAAGUUAUAUAUUUU